GUGGAGGGGACCUUUAGGGUGAGGGAGUGCAGGGGUCGAAAAAGGCUUAGCUUAAUGACGAGCUAACUGCUCAGAAGGACAUUGCAUGAUUGUGGGCUGUCCAGCAUGGCCUCUGCAAGGUCCGAGGAAGUCCCGGGGACGGCAGGGAAAGGUCCGAAGUGAGAGCUGCUUUGAGUUUUGUCAUAGGGGAAUUUUGGACUCCUCUAUGUGCCUCUUCUGGGGCUAGCUAAAGGGGCCAGGACCUGUCAAAUAUGCCCCCUCCCCUUCCGACUUGGCCGAGAGUGCUGAGCUUUCUUCCUGCCUCUGCGCCCAAAAGCAUCCCUGUCUUUAAUUUGUGGGAACUCAGAAAGGGUGAGACUGAUAAGUUGUAACCAGAUCUCCUUCCAUCCUCCCAUUCCUCUGAUCCAGGACAUCUACUGAAAGUGGAACUAAAUGUGGAGGGGUGUGCGUGUGUGUAGGUAUGUGUGUGUCGGGGUGACGGAGUGAUAGCUAUAUCCUAUUUUGCCCCUACCUCUUGCAGUGUGUCUGCCCCGCCCUCAAUCCAAGUCCUAGAGGCUGAGUGGGGGAGACUCGACACUUAGUUUUUGCAUCCCCGACACAAUCUGAAAACUUAAGCUUCAGUCUUCUGCCAUGUCCACACCCCAGCUCCACUCCCCUCUCUUCCUGGCUUGGCUCAUCUCACCCCACCUUGGCAGCUCAACACCCUGGCACCUUGUGCCCGCCUUCCCCUGGGGGAGGUGGCAGGAGCCCAGCAGUGCAGUUCGUGUUGUAAUGGCCGCAGCAUUAGGCUGAGAAAGUCAGGGCUAAAUCUGUUCCCACCCAAUUGGUUCCACCCUUCAGAGGAAAUUUGACUCAGUAGGAACUGAAGAAGUGGAGGGCUGCUUCUGAGACUGGGGGAAUACUGAGAUGUGGGAGGACAGAUUGAGAUGGGGGAGUGAUUUUGGAUAAGAGACCAUCCAACUCUGAGGGUACAACAGAACCAGCCGGAAGCCGAGAUGUUGGCUAGGACAAUGGUGAAAACACUGAAGAUACCCCAUGUCAAUUAAAGGGGCCACUCAGCCUGGGGACAAAGUGGGGGAUAUGGUGUGGAUCUGGAUUCUCUUCUUUAUACCUCCAACUGUAGCCCUUGAAGAAGUGCUACUGGAUACUACUGGAGAGACAUCCGAGAUUGGUUGGCUCACCUACCCACCAGGAGGGUGGGAUGAGGUCAGUGUCCUGGAUAAUCAGCAGCGCCUGACCCGGACAUUUGAGGCAUGUCAUGUAGCAGAGGGCCUAGGCCUUGGACAGGACAACUGGCUACAAACCCAUUUUGUGGAUCGUCAAGGGGCCCAUCGGGCACAUAUCCGGCUCCACUUCUCUGUGAGGGCAUGUACCAGCCUGGGAGUGGGUGGAGGCACCUGCCGUGAGACCUUUACCCUCUACUACCGCCAGGCUGAAGAACCUGAUGACCCCAGCCAUGCAUCAGCCUGGCAUCUGGGGCCCUGGAUCAAGGUGGACACAAUUGCUGCAGAUGAGAGCUUUCCUGCUUCCGCUUCUUCCUCCUCUUGGGCCGGGGGGACGGGGCUUCAGCUCAAUGUCAAGGAGAGGAGCUUUGGGCCACUGACUCAGCGCGGCUUCUAUGUGGCCUUCCAGGACACAGGGGCCUGCCUUGCCCUCGUGGUGGUAAAGAUAUUUUCCUAUUCCUGCCCUGCUGUGCUUCAGGCCUUUGCUUCCUUUCCUGAGACACAAGCCAGUGGGGCAGGAGGGGCUUCCCUGGUGGAGGCAGUGGGCACCUGUGUGGCCCAGGCCGAGCCUGAGGAUGAUGGAGUAGGCAGCAACCCUCCUAGGCUUCACUGUAAUGGUGAAGGCGAGUGGAUGGUGGCUGUAGGAAGCUGCCACUGUCGCCCUGGGUAUCAGCCUGCAAAUGAUGACAGAGCCUGCCAAGCCUGCCCCAUAGGUUCCUUUAAGGCUGUGGCUGGAGGAGCCUCCUGUACAUCCUGCCCCUCCCGAAGCCACAGUGACAUUCCUGGUGCACCGACAUGUCCCUGCCUCAGUGGCUUCUAUCGGUCUAGCACUGACCCUCCUGAAGCUCCCUGCACUGGGCCUCCAUCAGCUCCCCGAGACCUUUGGUUUGAAGUACAAGGCUCAUCUCUGAUGCUUUACUGGCGACUGCCCCAAGACCUGGGUGGUCGAGGGGAUGUGGGUUUCAACAUCCUGUGCAGACAGUGUGGGGGCCAACAGGGUCCUGAGAGUGGGGCUUGUCACCACUGUGGAGAUGAGGUCUACUUUGACCCUCGCCAGCAGGGCCUAACAGAAAGCCGAGUGCUGGUAGGAGGGCUACAGGCCCAUGUGCCCUACAUCCUGGAGGUGCAGUCUUUCAAUGGAGUAUCCAAGCUCAGCUUUGACCCUCCAAAGACCACAUCCAUCAAUGUCAGCAUCAUCCAUGAAGUCCCCCCGGCAGUUCCUCUGCUGCACCAGGUGAGCCGGGCAUCUGACAGCAUCACUGUGUCCUGGCCACAGCCUGACCAACGGCAUGGGCGUAUCCUGGACUAUCAGCUCCGGUACUAUGACCAGGCAGAAGAUGAGGCCCAUUUCUCCACACUGACCAGUGAGACCAACACAGCCACCGUAUCACAGUUGAGCCCUGGUCAUGUCUACGGUUUCCAGGUUCGGGCACGAAGUGCAGCAGGUCAUGGCCCCUAUGGGGGCAAAGUCUAUUUCCAGACUCUCCGCCAAGGUGAGUUGUCCCAUCUGAUCCCGGAGAGGCUCCCAUUGGUGGUUGGUUCUGCCCUGGGUGCUUUGGCCUUCCUCGUGCUGGCAGCCAUCACCAUCUUUGCCUUCAUCUUCCAGAGGAAGCGUCAACGGACAGGAUACACGGAACCUCUACAGCAAUACACCAGCCCCAGUGGACUUGGAGUGAGGUACUACAUUGAUCCAUCAACAUAUGAAGACCCUAGCCAGGCCAUCAGAGAAUUCACCAGGGAGGUAGAUCCAGCAUAUGUCAAGAUUGAGGAAGUCAUUGGACCAGGCUCCUUUGGUGAAGUAUGCAGAGGCUGGUUGCACCCCCGAGGACGGCGGGAGCAAGCCGUAGCCAUUCACACUUUAUGGGCCAGUGGAGUAGAACGCCAGCGAGGUGCCUUCCUGGUCCGGGCUGCAGUGCUGGGCCAGUUCCAUCAUCCUAAUGUCCUUCGACUUGAGGGUGUAGUUACCAAGAGUCAACCCCUCAUGGUGCUGACCGAACUUAUGGAGAAUGGCCCAUUGGACAGCUUCCUCAGGCAACAAGAGGGCCAAUUCAGUAACCUGCAGCUCGUGGCUAUGCAGCGGGGUGUGGCGGCGGCCAUGCAGUACCUGUCCAGUUGUGGCUUUGUACACAGGGUUUUAACUGCCCACAGUGUACUGGUCAAUGGCCACCUGGUGUGCAAAGUGGCCCACCUUAGGCAUGGCCACAGCUAUCUGAGUCACAGCAGCCAGGGUUUACAACCUCCACUUCGCUGGGCAGCUCCUGAGGUCCUAGCUCACGGAAAAUUCACAGCAGCCAGUGAUGUCUGGAGUUUUGGGAUCCUAAUGUGGGAAGUGAUGAGUUAUGGGGAACGCCCAUACUGGGACAUGACUGACCAAGAGGUGCUGAAUGCUAUAGAGCAGGAAUUCCGGCUUCCUCCACCCCCAGGCUGCCCCAGUGGACUGCACCUGCUGAUGCUGGAUACCUGGCAACAGGAUUCUGCCCAGCGACCUCACUUUGACCAGCUGGUGGCCGCCUUGGACAAGAUGAUCCGCAAGCCCGAGAUGCUACAGGCUGGCGGAGUCCAUAGGGGAAGACCAUCACAGAUCCUAUUGAGUCCUGUGACCUUGGACUUCUCCUCACUGGAAACCCCCCAGGCCUGGUUGGCCGCCAUCGGCAUGGAGUGCUAUCAGGACAGCUUCUCCAAAGUUGGGAUCUGUAGCUUCAAUGAGGUGGCUCAGCUUGGUCUUGAGGAUAUGCCUGCUUUGGGCAUCACUCUGGCUGGACACCAGAAGAAACUCCUUCAUAACAUCCAUCUACUCCAGCAGCAUCUGAGCCAGCCAGGCGCAGUGGAAGUAUGA